CCUGUUUUACUUUGAUAUUCUCCCGUCUGUGUGUGUCAUGUUCUGUUAUACUCUCCUUCGUCUCGUCUGUGUAACUUUGCCCUGUCCUCCUCUUGUAUCCAGUGUCUGCGUCUUCCUCUGCUCGUUGUGGCGUUCUCCUUUAUUCCAUGCUGUGUGUUCUGCCUGUCUAAGCCUCAUUAGUAUUUCCAGUUGAGUUAGAUUUCUGUUUUUUAAUAAAGCUAAGUUUGAGUUUACUUCUACCUCCGUGAGUCUGCAUAUUGGGUCCCCCAAACCUGCCUGCCACACACAGCCCGUGACACUGCCUUUUACUAAAAGCUGACAGUGUCAAUUGGUGUCAGUCCCGGCUUAAAUCACCAGACUAUCAUGCAGGAAAAUGGGGUUUGUGUGCUUUUAGAGAACUUCAUGUUUUUUCUUCUUGUUUUUAGCGCAGACAGACAAAACAUGUUUACCACAACCCUUUUUCUGAAUUUUGGAUUCCACGUUUUGAAGCGUCAAAAUUUGUAUUUUGGCCCCUGCCAUGUUACAUUUUUGAAGGCAGAAGUAAACUUUCAUGAAAGGAAAGGUGCAGUGUGUUAUGAGGAAAACAUUGCAAAAUGUGAACUCAAAACACGUAUAUUCGGCUUCAGUCGCCAAACCGUGAACUCAUCACUAGAGGGUGAUCUGAACCCUACAUCUCACCACAGAGUUUACAUCACAUCCUCAUCUUUCGAAGGAGCUGCCACCACAGUGAUGGCUUCUGUGAUCAACAGCACUUAUUUUAAGCUGAGUCCUCCACAGAGAAGUAGAUUACAAUUCCACCGCAGAGAAGGCACUGUGCUCAGAGGAUUAGUGCUUGCGGUGAAGGCAGUUAACAUGACAGAAAAUGGUGAAAUCAUCAGAAAUCUUUUACAACCCAUCAUGUUAUUCUUCAAACACAACAACAUGUUGUCAGAGAUUACAGAUGGAACUUGUGUAUUUUGGGAAGAAUCAAACAGUGGAACAGGUUAUUGGAGUGAUAAAGGCUGCAAAACCAAUAAAACUGGAGAUGAAUUUAUUUGCAGCUGUGACCAUCUCAGCUUCUUUGCUGUGCUUGUGAACCCAGAGAUAUCAGUCACAAACUUGGAUGCGGAGAAGCUAAGCUACAUCACUUACAUUGGAUCAGCACUCUCAGUCAUCUUCACAUUCAUCAGCCUGAUCAUCUUCAUUUGGCUACAUCGGCGGUGUCCUGAGAAGGCCAUAGGUCUGCACAUGCAACUAACAGGGGCAAUGUUCUGCCUCCACCUCAGCUUCCUGCUGUGCAGUUUCUGGGAAUGGCUGAGGAAAAAUGAGGACAGCUCAAUUUGCCUGGUUCUUGGUCUCUUUCUACAUUGGUCUCUGCUGGCCACCUUGACCUGGACUGCUCUGGAGGGGUUUCAAAUCUACCUUUUGCUCAUUCGGGUCUUUAACAUCUAUGUGAGGAGAUACCUGCUCAAACUCUGCCUGGUUGGAUGGGGUUUUCCCACAUUUGUCGCAACAAUUUGUGGGAUUUCAGGUGUUUAUGGCAAGUACACUCUACAACUAAGGGAAGCCAAAAAUGGCAAUUCAACAGCACAAAUGUGCUGGAUUAGCAGCGACUUCCAAUCAAGGCGUCCUCUAGUCAGCUACAUCACUACCGUGGCCUUUCCUUUGUUGGUGGUCCUGUUCAAUGCCUGCAUGCUGGGGCUGGUUGUGUGUAAGAUGUGGAAAUUAAGAAGUGAUGAUAAGAAGAUGAACUUUGGAAGCAGCAGUGACUGGAAGGAGAUAAACAAAGAGAAAAGAAAGAGGUUAUGGAAGGACUGUCUCACAGUGCUGGGCCUCAGCUGUGUGCUGGGGUUACCUUGGGGGUUAGCCAGCACUACAUACGUUUCACUCACUGGGAUCUACAUAUUCACCAUUUUGAACUCCCUUCAAGGUGUAUUUAUAUUUCUUUGGUCUGUGGGUUUGGCCCGGAAGUCUUGAUCUGGCUAGGUUUCAUUAGUCAGUGACUCUUCAGAAAUGAUGAACACCAGUUGCAACAGCCAAUAGCCAACAAAAGCCAAUAUGUAUUAUCUAUGACCUGUAUUAGGUGUUGACUGUUGAAUGAGGUUUUUUUGCUGUUUUCUUUCUUCUUUUAUAUGCAAAUGUCUAUUUUGAAAAAAUGCAUCUAUGAUUCUUAUGGUUGCAUUAUUUUUAGUAGAGAAGGCAAAGAUUCUCAACAAUUUACUGAUUCAUAUAAGAAAAUUCAUGUAUUAUGACUUAGGUAAGUUACUGUAGAUGGAAACUUUUGCGCUUUCAUAAAAACAUUUGGUUUCACUGCAGGUCAGUCUGUCAGUGAGAUGUACACUUUCAGAUAUUUUCUUCUGGCUUUCUCCUGUAUGAGUCAAGUAGGAAAACUAUGAUUAAAAUAUUGUAAUGCACAGCAUUAGUUCUGCACACUUAAAUCACCUAAAUGAUCAUUUCUGGAAACUGUCAUAAGGUUUGAGGUUUCAUGUUAGUUUCAUGAGCUAAAAUUGACCGUAACCUUUUCCUUCAGUGGUUUGGGUGCAAAGGUUGCUGUCAGUCCUUCUGUUUUAAUCAACAGAACAUCCUGAAACACAAGCCAGCCUAUCACAGACCCCACAUACCCUCUCAGCAGCUGACUCAAUGUGUAUUAGUCACCUAAGAAUGAGGAGGCUAUGCAGACACGCCAUGACUUUAUGCUACUGUACAGAUGAUUGUGAAGCAUGAAUGUUGCAACAUAGCUCAGUGGAAGCCAUCUUGAUUUUCAUGGUUAGUACUGUUACUGAAGGAGUGUUUAACAUGAAAAAAUACUUUUAUUGCUUUGGACUGAACUGACUUUUCUGUGAAAUGGGGCUGCAGACAUCAUCUCAUGUUAUCUGACAGGAAUUGAAACUGAGUAUUGAACUAUGAAACUCAACAACAGAGUCGCUCUAGAGUGACUCCUUGUGCACAAUAAUUUCUGCCUUUUUUGUAUUACUCAUGGUUUUACUCAUAGGCUGGUUGAUUUACAACAGCAUGUAAUGUGACAGAUCCUCCAAUACACAUGUGCAACCAGAGUAGCAUUUAAGUCAAUUAAACUGUAGUUAUACAUC